AUGCCGACCAUCACUUGCGAGAUCGGACCACAGCUCUUCCACAACGUCUUCUACGACCUUGGAUCAAGCGUCAACAUCAUGUCCAAGGUAAUUUAUGAAAAUCUGUUAGGGGGCGCUUUGCUCCCUACCUUUAUGAGAUUGCAGAUGGUGGACCAAACCAUUCAGUUCCCGGAGAGAGUCGCUAAGGACAUCUUGGUUAAAAUCCAAGAUGAAUAUGCCCCUGCCGAUUUCAUCAUCCUCGACAUGGGGUCGAACAUCGACGUCCCCGUCAUUCUGGGACGGCCAUUCCUGAACACGGUGAACGCCAUCAUCUACGUCGGGUCUGGCCAGAUCCAUCUACAGUUCGCAGGUAAGAGGAUCAAAUGCCCUUUUAAUGGCUAUAAAACUAACAUGCAGCCGAAGGACACAAAACCGGAGGAGAAACCUUGCGGCAAAUCCCGCCGGAGGUACAACAAAGGCAAGUCGGCCAAAAAGGCCGAACAGAAGGAGGAACCCGUCAAGCAAGCAGAACAUUCCAAAAAGGAAUGGCGAGAGAAGGAGAUGCCUGCACCAUCCCCGUCUCUGGGACCAACCGAGGCGUCCACAGAAUGA